AUGUUUGGGAUCCAACCCAGGGAUGUGUCAGACGAUGAUUUCAACCCGAGGAGGAGGAGGUGGUCAUUGUGGACCACGCCACCUGCAUCCAUGCCCACCACCAGCCACACUAGCAGGCCCCGGAAGGGCCAUGCCAACACCUACCACAUGUCGGUCAAGUUUGAGGAUCUCUGUGGCUUCAUGGUGGAGGGCAACGUGGACGAUGUCAAUGUGCUGAACGAGGUGAGGGAGAGGAUAAGGGAGCAAGGGAGGGUGUGGUGGGCGCUGGAGGCAAGCAAGGGCGCAAACUGGUACCUCCAGCCCAGGAUCUCCUCCAACGGUGGCCAGGGUGUGAUUAGUGUCACGUCGCUCAAGCUAUCAGUGCUCACAAAUACAGUUACACUGAGGAGGCUGAUCAGGAAGGGGGUGCCACCAGCGCUGAGGCCAAAGGUAUGGCUGUCGGUGUCAGGUGCAGCCAAGAAACGGUCGACAGUGCCUGAGACAUACUAUGACGAGCUGAUCAGGGCCACGGAAGGGAAAACUACACCGGCCACUCGCCAAAUUGACCAUGAUCUCCCUCGCACCUUCCCUUGCCAUCCCUGGUUGAACAGCGAGGAAGGUCAGGCAUCUCUUCGACGUGUACUUGCUGGGUACUCAUUCCGUGAUUCAGAAGUUGGAUAUUGCCAGGGUUUGAAUUAUGUAGCCGCUCUGUUGUUGCUCGUUAUGAAGACAGAGGAAGAUGCAUUCUGGAUGCUUGCCGUACUCUUGGAAAAUGUUCUUGUCAGUGAUUGUUAUACUGAUACUCUUUCUGGAUGCCAUGUUGAGCAGAGAGUAUUCAAAGAUCUUCUAGCUAAAAAAUGCCCCAGGAUUGCUGCUCAUCUUGAUGCAAUGGGGUUUGAUGUUUCACUUGUUGCCACAGAAUGGUUUUUGUGCCUCUUCUCCAAAACAUUGCCAUCCGAGACAACCCUCCGUGUGUGGGAUGUGUUAUUCAAUGAAGGAGCAAAGGUCUUGUUCCAUGUCGCCCUAGCAAUUUUCAAGAUGAGAGAAGACGAUCUUCUACGCAUCCAACAUAUUGGUGAUGUAAUUGAUGUUCUGCAGACAACUGCCCAUCACUUAUAUGAGCCUGAUGAACUGCUCACGUUUGCGUUUGAUAAGAUUGGCUCCAUGACAACAAACACAAUCACAAAAGAAAGGAAACGGCACGAGACGGUGGUCAUGGCGGAGCUUGACCAAAGAACCAGACGGCUGGGGUCGCUUAAGAUGGAUGCAUGA